AUGGAGCUGGACGGCGGUGAGCGGCACCGGGAUAAGGAGAGGAGGGAGAGGCAUAGGAGGGAGGAGAAGGAUUACAAUGGUAGUGGAAGAAGGGACAGGGAGAAAGAGAAGGACGACAGGAGAAGGGAGAAGGAUGAUGGUAAGCAUAGGGACAGGGACAGGGACAGGGAUAGGGACAGGGAGAGGGAGAGGGAGAGGGAGAGAGAUAGGGAUAAGGAUAGCAAGUACAGGGACCGGGAUAAGGAGCCAGAGCGUGACCGUAACCGUGACCGUGACCGGGGCAAGGAUCGGGAGCGGGAACCAGAUCGGCAGCGUGACAAGGACCGUGGCAAAGACCGGGAUAAGGAAGCAGAGCGCAAUAAGGAAAGGGAGCGGAGGGACAGGGAUAAGGAGAGAAGCCGCAACAGAGACAAGGACAAGGAUAGGGCAGAGAGGGAGGAUAGGGAUCACGAGAAGUCAAGGGAGAAGGGUCGUGGAGAAGAUGAUGCAGAUCCAUCCAAGGGUGACAAGGGGGGUCAGAAGCAGAGAGUUGAUGCCUCAGGGGAUGCUGAGCAGCCCGCAGCAGAUGAGCUCAGAGAGCGCAUUGCAAGGUCAAAGGAGGAAAGAUUGAAGGACAAAAAGGAAGGAGGAAUACUGGAUGGUAAUGAUGGGGCUUCCGAGAUACUGUCAUGGGUGGGAAAGAGUCGUAAACUUGAUGAAAAAAGGCAAGCUGAAAAGGAGAAAGCAUUACGUCUUGCACGAGCAUUGGAGGAACAGGAUAAUAUCUUGGCAGAAAAUGGUGACGACGAUGAUGAUGAAGAGGAAGAUACACAAGUUGGAGACCACUUAUCUGGUGUUAAGGUUCUUCAUGGCCUUGAUAAGGUUUUGGAAGGUGGUGCAGUUGUCAUGACUCUCAAAGAUCAGAGUAUUCUUGCCAAUGGGGAUAUCAAUGAAGAUGCUGAUAUGCUUGAGAACAUUGAGAUUGGUGAGCAGAAACAAAGAGAUGAAGCUUAUAAGGCUUCAAAGAAGAAAGGAACUUAUGAUGACAAGUUCAGCGAUGAUUCAUUGUCAAAGAAGUCGAUGCUGUCACAUUAUGAUGACCAAAUGGAAGAUGAGGGUGUGACACUUGAUGAAGGUGGACGUUUCACCGGUGAAGCAGAAAAGAAGCUAGAAGAGCUUCGGAAAAGGAUUGAAGGUAAUUAUAUUCAGAAAAAGACAGAAGACCUUACUUUCACCACAAAGAUGGCAACAGACUAUUUUACCCCUGAUGAAAUGCUUAAAUUUAAAAAACCAAAGAAAAAGAAAUCCCUGAGGAAGAAGGAUAAGCUGGAUCUGGAUGCACUUGAGGCAGAAGCAAUUGCUUCUGGAUUGGGGGCCGCUGAUCGUGGGUCCAGGAACGAUGGAAAGAGACAGUCCGCUAGGGAGGAAGAGCAAGCGGCUGAUGCUGAAAAGAGAAAUAGUGCAUAUCAAACUGCCAUUGCAAAGGCUGAAGAGGCAUCAAGAGCAUUGCGCGAGGAGAAAACUGCACCUACUAAACCGGCUGAAGAAGAACUUGUUUUCGGUGAUGAUUAUGAAGAUCUACAGAAAUCUCUGGAGCAAGCAAGAAAGUUGGCCCUAAGGAAGCAGGAAGAGGCUGCCGCUUCUGGUCCUCAGUCCAUAGUUGAACUGGCUACUGCAACCAAGAGCCAAGAAGGAGAUUCAGAACAGAAUAAGGUUGUUAUCACAGAGAUGGAAGAGUUCGUGUGGGGACUACAAUUGAAUCAAGGAACACGCAAGCCAGAAGACGAUGUGUUUAUGGAUGAAGAUGAUGAUGCCAUGCCUUCAGGUAAUCUUGCAAAAGAUGACGCUAUUGGGUUGGCAGAGAUGGAAGAGGAAGCUCUGACAGAAAUACCAGCCACGGUUGAAGAGGAUGGAGUCAAACCGGAUGAGGUUAUACAUGAAGUUGCAGUAGGCAAGGGUUUAGCUGGUGCUUUGAAGAUUCUUAAGGAGCGAGGAAGCCUCAAUGAGGGAACAAAUUGGGGAGGCAGAACUACAGACAAGAAAAAGAGCAAGCUUAUAGGUGUGGAGGAUGGACCUAAAGACAUUCGCAUUGAAAGAAUAGAUGAAUUUGGUAGAGUGAUGACACCUAAGGAGGCAUUCCGUCAUCUUUCGCACAAGUUUCAUGGCAAGGGGCCAGGUAAAAUGAAACAAGAAAAACGCCAGAAGAGAUACGAGGAUGAGCAGAAAACCAAGCAUAUGAAAUCUUCUGACACACCAUUAUUGGCCGCGGAAAAGAUGAGAGAGGCUCAAUCUCGCAACCAAACACCAUACCUCAUUUUAAGUGGCAAUGCAAAAACAGGUCAAACAAGUGAUGCUGGCAGCUAUGCUACCUUGGAGACACAGCAACCUGGGAGCCUAACACCCAUGCUUGGGGACAAAAAGAGAUCUGAUGUUGACUGGUUUUUCGGCAGGUCGAGCAUUUCCUGGGCAUCAAACGAAGUGCCAAGCCUGGAAGCUUACCUCCUCCAGUCCCAAAGAAACCGAAGAACUGAACCUGCUCUGCCAUUCACUGUGAGUAGCAAUCAGCCGACCUGCCAGGCACAUUCGCUGUUAGCAGCAAUCAGCCCACCAGCUUCCGCAGGCUACAACAGGGCCAGAUAUCUACACGGCAUACUCAAGCCCCCCAGUGCACUGAAAAUGCAAUAG